ACAUGACUCACUCUUAGAGUGGCAGGCACUUGGACACACAGCAGCAGUCUCCCAUUAAUUUGCUCUCAUUGAACUUGUGCUGUGACUUACCUUUUUUUCCCCCCAAACCUGCACUUUCUACUUUUUCUGUUUCUUGUGUGUUUUGCACAAAUCUGACAACAUGUGCCUUCUCAGGACUAUUCUGCUGUUUUUUUUACUUGGUUCCAUUUCCUGUGUUCAGUUUUUGGCACCUCUGAACAUGGGAGGAGUCACUGGGCAGGUGCAGUUUGACGCAACUUCUCAGAUGGCAACUGUCAACGUGUCUGGUGUUGGAUCCUGUGGUUCAUUAAACUUUUCCCUCAGCGAGUUCCCUGUCAUGUAUGGCCACUUUGCUCAGCCCUGUUCUGAAGAAAAUAUCGGCUCCAGUAUCUUCACCUUUACAGCUGAUCCUGCCUCAAAUUCUAGCAUCAAUGUGUCCCACCUCUUUGAGCAAAGACCAAACCUCGAUGACUUCUCGCUGUUGUUGCAAACAUGUGACGGAAUUAAAGUAUGCACAGUUGUAAGUCAAGGUCAUACCCUCUCAACUAGUCAGGCCAGGUUCUACGGGCCCAUCGCAGGUAACAUUUAUAUCCGUCUUAACACAGGACAUGCCAGCCCUAGAGUUCUUGCAGAUCUUGUGACAAUUGGUCAGGUUAAUGCAUCACAAACCAAUGUCACUCUCUAUGGAGCUACAAGUGCUGCUGCAAACUGUGAUAAUCUACUUGGAAGCUUGAAUUCUGCAGCUGUGACCAGUCUGGGUGUCAUACAGGUUGGGACCCCUUUGCACCUCCAUAAAUCCCGUCUGGACCCUACUAGCUUCAACACCACAAAUAACUUUCUUCUCCUUAAAAUGGGGUCAAGUUUCAGGUGUGCUCAGAUAUAUAAUGUGCCAGAAAAGCAGGUUAGAGCUGAUGUGAACAUGAACGGGAUCAAAGGAUACUUUAGUUUUCAUCAGGCUUCCCCUUUUGAUGUCACAGAGUUGAGCGUGAACCUGACUAACUUACAGAAUAAAGUUGCCUUUUACCACGUCCACAACUUUCCUGUCAGGUCAAGAUCAAGCCGGUGUUCAAAUAAUAAUGUGGGUGACCACUGGAAUCCGUUCAAUAUAAACAGAAGUGAUCCAACAUACCCCAAAGUGCCAGGGUCAACACAUGACAUGUAUGAGGUGGGUGACCUCAGUGGCAAGCACGUGACCCUAGCAGGUAGAAAUAUGGUGGACAUGACAUUCAAAGACUUCAGUCUUCCACUGUUUGGAACGAACAGCAUUGUAGGCCGCUCAGUCGUCAUUCACCAACCAAAUGGUUUAAGGUACGCUUGUGCCAGCAUCAGCUAUCCCGGUGAGGUUAUUGUUGGCAGAGCCAUAUUUCAAAGCCCUGUGGUUGGUGAGAUCUGGUUCACACAGCUGGUGAACAACCCUCUCUCUGAUGUGUCCAUAUUUAUGAAUUUGGCAUAUGGAAAUCCUACAACACCAACCAGACACCACAACUGGCAUGUUCACAGCUACCCCAUUAGCUCAGAGAGGGAUGAUGAUGAUGGCCGCUGCAGCACAACAGGAGAUCACUGGAACCCCUUUAACAUCAGCAAAGACAGCAGUUAUUCCCUCCACUGUAACCCAUCUGGUCCCUUCUCCUGCGAGGUGGGAGACCUCUCUAGCAAACAUGGUACCAUUGAUCUUGGCACCACGGUAGAGGUGGUGGCUGCAAAAUACUUCUUCACUGAUGUCACCUCCUGGUUGCCCAAGCCAGGCAUUAUUGGCCAUUCUGUGGUCAUCCAUCAAGCAGAAAAAGGAGGGCCAAGAAUAGCCUGUGCCAAUGUUACGAUGGUGCACGUUCCCAAAGCUAGCUUAGGUAGCUGGUUUGGUCCUGGAGUUUCUGAUGGCCAGCUGUAUUUCUCCCAGGCUGUCCCACAAGGUCCCACAACUAUAAAUGUUUCUUUAAUGAACCUGAACUCCAUAGCUGGUGGUUACCAUGUUCACAUUUUGCCCCUCAUACCUGGCAGUGUAGAGCCUUGCUCAAAUGCAAACAUCCAGGGUCACUUCAACCCACUAGCCUGGAAUGUAUCAGAGUCCCCUGCACCUGGAGCUGGCACUGUGGACCAGUAUGAGAUGGGAGAUAUCAGCGGGAAGUUCGGGAUGCUUAAUGGUCAAAACAACUUUGAGGCUGUAUACACGGACCCCGACAUGUUAAUGAGUGGACCUUACAGCAUAGUGGGAAGGUCACUGGUGGUUCACAAUGUCAGUGGAUCAAGAAUUAGGUGUGCUGACAUCUUGGCUGACAGAACCACAGAUGGUCAGUGGAUUACUGCCAAGGCUGUCUUUACUGGUACAGUGACGGGGACAGUCAGACUGCACCAGCAGGUGUUUCUUGAUGGGAGCAGCAGCGAUGUUACUCUGGAAGUGAACCUUCACUCAGCAAGGGGAAGCACAACUGCGGCAUCCUUGUUCAUCACAAACAAUCAUAUUGACACUGGAUGCAACAGCGUGGGAGACACAUUCAAUCCCUUCAACAUGACAUCAACGAGCUCCAGCUGUUCUCUAGAAAACUCACUGAGUUGUGUGGUAGGGGAAAUAUCUGUGAGGCAUGGCAUGAUUCACCUGACACAGAGAGAAUUCUACACUGACAGCAUUAUCCACCUCUCUGGGGACAGCACAGUGGUCUACAGAUCUUUAGUGCUGAAAAAUGAAGGAAGCAUCAUUGCAUGUGCCGACAUCCUCCCUGAAUCCCCGUCAGCUGAGCAGACCUUUCGCAGCGUGAAUGCAUUCAGCCGAUAUGACUUCCGUAGGAGGGUAGCUGAAGUGCUGCAAAUGGACCUAGCAAGAGUUACCAUAUUGCCCAUAUCUCCCCAGACUGUAGCCAAUGGAACAUGUCAGCAAGUCAACUUCAUGGUAUCUGGGAAUGUGAGCACUGAACUGCUGAAGUCUGUCAAAACCAGUGAGAAAAUGGGCAUCUACAAAGAGUAUGAGAGAUGUACAAGAAGUGUCAGCCCGGCACUGAUGCCAGGGACUUUUCUUCUUGGCUUGAUGUUCGCCUUCGCCUCUCUGCUACCUUCAGCAGUUUAUUUAUAGCUCGGAGACUCUGCCACACCGUGCCCCAUCACCGGGAAUGCAUGACCUUAAAAAGAUUGUAUGUGUCUAUCAAAUGGCACAGUGGCCAGCAACCAAAUAAUGAUAAUAAUCUGCCACGUUUGACUUCAAUCAAAUAAGAUCUUCCCUUUUUUUCAGUUAAGGCAACAAGUAAUUAUUUAGUGUAGCUUUCAUAGAUAAUUUCAUCAAACUAGCGUGGGUUGGUUUCAAUGCUAUGUAUUUUCUGACCUCCAGACUUUGUUCUUCAUGUAUGCACUAUCCAAAUAACC